UUGUCUUUAUCCAGCAUUGGAUCUCUGCACACAAUAGACCUCUACAUACCACCACCCUCUAAAACCUACAAAUACAAUACUUAAAACGAAUGCCUCAACUUUUAAUGAGUGCAGUUUAACCAAAAAGGAAGAAGAGAUGUGAUAUAGUAAACUACAAUUGCUGUUGCAUCCAUGAAGAAAAUCCCAGCUGGCUGUAAACAGGCAAAUCUGAGAGAGUCCUGAGGAAGAGUAGGCUACUCCCCUCUGGUGUAGAUGCAUCAAGGGUAACCAUUAAGAGCACAUCUGUUCAGCUCUACAGCGCUGUUGAAGAAGUAGCAAACUCUCUACUGAGGUGCAGCGGCUCAAUGGCUGGCAAAGAAAUGAAUAACAGGGGUGGUAAGUGUCUGAAGGAAGUUCGUACAGUUACUGAAGCUCUGAAGACCCUCUACCGGCAAAAACUGCUCCCGCUGGAGAAGUAUUAUGAGUUCUCCGAUUUCCACUCAUCAAGCCUUGAAGAUGCAGAUUUUGACAACAAGCCCAUGAUACUAGUGGUGGGUCAGUGCUCUACAGGCAAGACCACUUUUAUCAGAUAUCUUCUUGAACAAGAGUAUCCAGGAAGCCGAAUAGGCCCAGAGCCCACAACUGACAGUUUCACUGCCAUAAUGCAUGGAGAGACUGAGGGAAUUAUUCAUGGCAAUGCUUUAACUGUUGAUCCCAACAAGCCUUUUCGCAAACUCAGCUCUUUUGGAACAACCUUUCUCAAUCGAUUCCAGUGUGUGCAUCUGCCCAACCGAGUCCUGGAGAGUAUCAGCAUCAUUGACACACCAGGGAUCCUGUCUGUGGCCAAACGCAAAAUGAGCAGAGGGUAUGACUUUCCAGCGGUCAUCCGCUGGUUUGCAGAGCAUGUUGACCGCAUCAUCCUCUUGUGUGAUGCACACAAACUAGAGAUCUCUGAUGAGUUUUCACACACUAUAAUGGCAUUGCGAGGCAAUGAGGACAAGCUCAGAGUGGUGCUCAACAAGGCUGACAUGGUGGACUCCCAGGAUCUGAUGCGAGUCUAUGGCGCACUCAUGUGGUCACUCGGGAAGGUGUUCUGCACACCAGAGGUUCUGAGGGUUUACAUUGGCUCCUUUUGGUCCUCUCCAAUGCGUAUGACAGACAAUCGGAAACUGUUUGAGCAAGAAGAGGAAGACCUUUUUGCAGACAUUCAGAACCUGCCACGAAAUUCUGCACUGAGAAAACUCAAUGAUCUGGUGAAGCGAGCACGACUUGUGAGGGCCCAUGCUUAUAUCAUUAGCUCUCUAAAAGAAGAAAUGCCUUUAGUUUUCUGCAGAGAAAAGAAGAAGAGAGAUCUAAUCUAUGACCUUCCUAUCAUCUAUUCAAGAAUCCAACAGAGAUAUCAGAUUUCACCUGGAGAUUUUCCAGAUUGUACCAAGAUGCAGGAGCGACUCAUGAGUCAUGACUUCAAGUUUAAAGCCCUCAAGCCUAAGCUCUUAGCAGGGCUGGAUGAGCUCCUAAACACUGACAUAGCCAAGCUAAUGCCUCUUCUACGCCAAGAAGAAGAAGAAACGGCUGACCGACUUUUAGUGCAAGGAGGACCUUUUCUAGGGUCACAAAGGGGACCUUUUAUUGUGGGGAACCCAUUUAAUCACUGUGGAUCCAAUGGAGAAAGUGAUCAUGUCUCAGAUGAAGAAUGGGUAGUAUCAAAAGAUAAACCAAAGUAUGAUGAGAUCUUUUACAACCUCUCGCCUCAUGAGGGAAAGCUGAGUGGGUCUAAAGUGAAGGGCUGGAUGAUGAGCACUCAUUUGCCCAGCUCAGUUCUGGGACGAAUCUGGAAGCUUGCAGAUGUGGACCGUGAUGGCAUGUUAGACGAUGAAGAGUUUGCUUUGGCCGGCCAUCUCAUUGAGGUAAAGUUAGAGGGCUUCGGGCUCCCUCAUGAGCUACCUGCGCAACUGGUGCCACCAUCCAAAAGACAGCGCAAGAACUCUGGCACAGAGACUGGAGACAAUAAUGAUUAGUCUGCAUGUCUUAAUGUUUAUGAUGACAGUGUUUAUUCAACAUUUAAAUCAUUAUUAAUAUUAAAUGAAUGUAUUCACUCGUAUAAUACCUAAAAUCACUUAUAGCUUGCAAUGUUUGGAUGUAUAAAUCCUUCGUAGACAGAACAAAUCUCAAAAGACAUGUUGUUUUGAUGGUUCAGAUUGCCCAAGGGUUAAGAACAGCUUAUUCUGUGAAACCUGUUUGCUUAUUGCAGAAACGCCCUCGAGACUGUUGAUAUGAGUCACAUGAAUGUCAACACUUAAAAGUGCCUUAUUGCGUUUCAAAUAUUAUUUGUCAAGUGAACUUUUGUUUGUUAAAAAAUUGUUGGUCAAUAAAUAAUUAAAGUUAAAUGGUAGAGCCCUUUGUGUUCAUGAGCUGUAGCAAAAUAUUUUCUUUUUAUGAUUUUGAGCAUAUUGUGGGAUGUUACUUUGUAGAGGCUGAAUAUUAUUAUAUGUAAUAAUGAUUGACCACCAUCACAUGUACAACAGAUCUAC